AUCGUCACAUUUUUUAAAUUAUUUUCUUUAUUAUUGAUAGUUUAAAAUCUCCUUUUGCUACUAAUUAUAGAAUAUUGAUUUCCUUGGCAAAUUGUAGUUAACACCGCUUCACUUCUCAUUUAAUUGGUAGGCGAAUGUAGAAGGUUGUUUUAUCCUGUUAGAACCAAAUCAGUUGAGUACCAACAUUGGAAUUGAAAGAAAUGAGGCACAAAUUGGUUUAGUUGUGAAUAUCUUGAGCUUAUUUCUGAAGGAGUGUUGUUCUUGGUGUAUUAGUUAGAGUACUUAUGGAGUAUUUUUAAGACUAGGUAUGUUGCAUUAUAAUAAAUUAAUAACAACGAAGACCAAUUAAAUGUGUUGGAUAAUCUUAAUGCUAUCCAGAGUCUAUUACCAAAAUAGUUGGUGCAGAGGAUGAUAUACUGUAUCUAGCUCAUUGUUUGUGUCAUUGCCAACCACACCAGCUGUUUCAAACCGUUGUAGUUGAUUUCCUCCCUCUAUUAGAGAUCCAAAGAUUGCAAUAUUGUAUUAUUAAACGCACUUUGAAUGUCUAAGAAUGCACAAAGGGAUAGUUACUAGAAGACUAAAUAUUUUAGGUCUUGAUAAGUUUCGGGUAUUUUUGCUAGAUGAUGCUGUUGAAAAACCAAACGCAAUUUGCAGAACACAAGAUAUUUGUUGGCAAAAGAAUUGCUGAGAGAAAACUAGACAUUACUUCUAUAAGACUAAAUACUGCUGAUAAAAGGCAAAAUAUAGCCUGUUGAUGCAAAUUUCUAUACUACUUAUACAUUUCUAGAUGGUAGUAGCAGAAGACCGUGGUUGGGGUAAUAUCAGACAUUUUAGCAUUGUUAAACGUAAUAAAUAGCACGCUCCACAUUAAAUCAAAGUCACCUCGUUUAAAACAGAUAGAAGAAGUAAUCUCCAAGUAUCACGAACACCAAGAUCAGAAGAAGCUUGAUUUAAAUCGAGAAUACUUCAAGACUUCGAUAGAUAUUGUAUUCUUUUGGUCGUAGCUGGUAAGGAUUUUUCUUGCACUCUUCCAUCAACAUAGUAUCGAGCUUUCUGCAAACAGUAUCUAAAGCUUUAGAUACUUUGUGAAAGCAGUAGGAUUAUGUAAUAUUUAUUUAAUAAAUUCCGAAAUUUCAAAUUUCCCUCCUAAUUAGAAUAUUCAAAAUGGCCUCCUUAACACCCUUUAAGUUGCGGGAAUACAACUUUAUCACUAUAUAUAUUAUAUGGGAGUUAAAAAAAGUGAUAAUUCCCCCUUUUGUUAAUAAAUCCGAAAUAAAAUGCGAUUUUUUCGUGUUUCUAUAAAAAUAGAGUUUCUGACCUAAUCAAAGACAACCUAAAUCGACGUAAGCGACGUCUCUUCUAAGUUCAGAAUUCCCGGGUUUCCCCAGUAUUGAUCUUUUAAGGUUUUACUCCUACCUCUCGUUCUGCGAUUCAUUAAAAUCCGGUGUUUAUAAAAGUAGUUUUCCCCCAUUCGAAAAAAUAAAUGGUAUCGAAAAAACAAAUUGGGGGUGCGUUUCAAUUCUUGCGGAUCGUUUAAGGUAGAUCUUUGAGGAGAUUAAAUGAAUUGUUUAAGUGAACGUUUAGAUAUUAUUUUUAAAACUGUGACGAUUUUUAGCUUUUUUUCGAAAAAAAAGCUUCACAAAUAACAUAAUGGAUGGAUUUAAAUUUGAAAACGAACAAAAAUGGACUAUUACAGUGCGACGGGUUCGUGCGUUGAGACCGUGAGGGCCCUCCAUCAAACCAUUGGCAGUCUCAAAUCGGCUUUGGAACGAAGUCGGAAUGAAAUAUUAGAUUUAAAGUCAAGAAGUUUUUAUCCGCAAAGUGAACAGAAUAAUUUGAGAGAUAAACAAUUAACGGCGUCGAAGAUUGUAUCGUUUUCAAACGUUUUUGAUGGGGACAAACAGGUAAGCUCUUCAAAUAGCUUACGUUUACAACAAAAAUCGAAAGUUUCGAGGAAGUUGCCUAGAUUUAAAGAAGAAAUUGUUGAUUCAAAAUCAAAAGUGAUUUGUAGUGAAAAUAGCAAUUACGAUAACGCCAAAAAUGUGGUCGAUGUUGAUAAAGCGAAACAUUUAGGGCAUGUCAUCGAAGCUGCUAUCAAUAAAAUAAGCGAAAAUCAUAAUAAAAGAAUUAAAAAGAACGCUAAAAGGCUAAAAAAUAAUACAAAAAAGAAUGAGCAAGAUGAACAAGUGUUGUGUGGUGAUAAAGAAGUUAAAAAUAAAAAACAAAUAGAAUUUUCAGUCGAGAUUAGCAAGAAACCAUCUAAACCAAUUAACAUUAAUAUCCUUACUAAGUACAAGAAGAAAAAGACUAAAAUGGAUGAAGAUAAAAGUGAAAAAUUAGAAGAACACAACUUAAACGAUGAAGAAGAAAACAUAAAUAUUGUACCACCUUUAGAUUUAACAAACUUAAAUGAUACUGAACAAGAAGUUGACGAUAUAGAAUUAAUAUUCACAACGGAAGAAACGAAGGACACCGAUUUUAAAGAAGAAUUAGUUCCAAUCGACACUUUGUUACAAUGUCCCCUAUCUGAUUAUGAUGAAAAAUUAUCUGGAGAUACAUCCGAUCGUGAAUUAGAAGACGACGUUUUCAACGAUAACGAAACAAACCAAGAAGAAAACAUUCACGGUUCAAAAUCGGACAACUCAAUCCACGAUGGGAAAAGUUUAAAAAGUUAUUAUUCGUUUCAAGAUUCAAGCUUUGAGAAUAAAUCGUUGGAGAAAGAUGAAAGUUUCGAUCGGUUUGAAGAAAAAGUUAGAAUCGUAGAGACGGACAUUUCAAAAAUUGGGAUUCAAGAUAGCGAGUAUAACUUGGGGAGGAGAAAUACGUGUCCUAAUCCGAUACAAUAUCGACCGAUUAUGCAUCGGGAAGCUUUGGGAAGGGGUGCAAGAAAAAAUCGACCUUUUGGGGUUCACGUAAAUGUCAGGAAAGAUUCUGAGGCGCAAACUAAUAUUUCUGCUAUUCCGGGAUCUUCGUGGAGGUCAGAGAGUAGUUUAGCACAUAAAGUUAAAAUCGGUGAUAAUUUUACAACUUUACCAUCAAAAUUUCCUCACCCAGGAUCGAGGUUACAACUUUCAGAGAAAACCGUAGAAGCCCGACGAGUUUUACUCUCCGAUAUUGGUUUUACGAGUAUGGUGCCUGAAUUAUCUCGAUCUGCUGAUCAUUUAUGUCCGCCUGUUACAAGGAAUGCCCCCCCGACAUCAUACGGACAAUUUUUGCGUACAACAGAUCUUUAUUCUCCAGCUUAUACACAAACUCAGAGAUAUUUAUGGACAACCACAACUCCUUCGGAUCGGAGUAAUUCCCAAUCGAGGUAUUCGAGCCAAUUCAUUUCUUCACCUCCUAUUAUUACCAGAAGAUGUUCUGCGCCGGUUUCCCCAUCGAAGCGACCUUUAAAAAUGGCCACUUCAAAGGUUAGGUUUGCGAAUGGUUCGCUUCCGGAGUUACGAUCGGAUUGGACUAAUGUGGAUAGUGGUGAAUCAACCGAUAGCCUCGUAGAGGAGGCUGAACAUUAUUUAAGGAGAUCAAUUGAUUGUUUAGCACCGUGUCAUAACGUUUGUUUCAAAAGUGAUUCUUCAAAAACUAUUAGGAGGGCUUCAGCCCCUGAACCAUGUAGAGAUAACGUACCCCCUCAAGGUUGGCAACCGUUUUUACCAAGAAUUCCGCGCGAUCUCCACUUAGAUUACUGGGUAAAAGUAAUCACUGCGGAAGGUCGAGUUCGAGGAGGAAGAGUUCGUUAUGUAGGGCCUCUUUUGAAUCAAUCUGAUAUGUUUAUCGGGGUGCAAUUAAGCACCCCUGAUGGGCAAUCAGAUGGGACGCACAAUAAUAGGAGAUAUUUUAAUUGCGAACCUUACCAUGGUUUAUUCAUCCCCUUCAAAAAGAUAAUUAUGGGUUGGAGGCCCUGAAAUUGUUAUUGAAAUCUAAAUUUAUCCAACGUUUUUUGAAAGAAAUUAAUAUUAAAGAAAAUUGGCCUAGAUUUAUGGCACGAACAGUAUUUAUUCUGUAAUAUCUUAUGGGGUAACAAAAAAGACAAAAAAAAAUGUUACAAUCUUUUAGUCAAUGUAUGUACCAUAAAAUAAAUGCUUGUAAAGGGAACGCAAAAGAAAUAAACUAUCUAGAAGUAAAAA